GAUCUAUUUUAAUUAGAGAAUAAAAUCGCAGGUUGUCAAAUUAAGCUUUUCUUCUUCGUCUCCUUCACCGGAAGUUUGCUGUUGCCUAGCGACGGCCUAUCGACCGCAUCUGAAGUUCAGAUUUCUUAAAAUCCAAAGUCAAAAGGAAAGAAGCAAAGGUGAGAGAGUGAGGAUGGAGGGACGGGGCCUUUCAGGUGAGGAUGACACCCAGGUGAAGGAGACAGAGGAGCGGACAGUGACCGAGGGUCCAACAGAACCAGAGAAUGAUGGAUCAGGACCACAGCCUCACCGCGGUCUGAGUGGAGUGGAACAGAACUCUGCUGCAGCCACUGAUUAUGGUCAGUGUGAACCAAACACUUCAGAAGACCUGGAAGGUGAGGAGCUGCUGCAGAAGGAUGAAGAGGAGGAGGAGGAGGAGGAGUUACUGGUUCUGGAUCCUGAACAUCCUCUUGUCAAAAAGCAACAGGCGGCUCUGACUAAACACCUGAAGAGGCAACUGGAGAAGAUCAACCUGGAAAUGAAGGAGAAGCUGGUGCAGGAAAAACAAGACGACAGACACAGAGAGGAAACUGGAGUGGAGAUGUUCAGGAUCCAGGAGCAGCUGUCCAGACUCCACAGCAGACUGGAGGAACAGCAUCAGACCAAAGAACAGGCUGAAGCCAAACACCGACAGGCCCUGGAUCAGCUGGAGGAGGCCAAGAGCAAAUAUUCAAAUAUAGCCAGUCACCACGGCAGGGCCAAAGCCAGUGUGUCUGAACUGCAGGUGGAGAUGGACAACCUGAUGCUGCACCUCCUCUACACACAGGGAGUCAGUGAAGAUCUGAGGUCCAACGUCAAAGCCUUGAUGAACGUGAGGAGCAAAGCUUCAGCUGAGAAGAACCAGGCUGAAGACAAGAAACUGCAGCAGGAUCUGUACGUGGACCGUCUCACCAAGGAGCUGGACAGACUGACUCAGCAGAUAGCCCUCUACCAGAGCCAGGCCCGUGUUCAGGCCGAGGAGACACGAGCAGCCAGACAGGCUGAGUCUGAGGCUGAGAUGGAAAUGGUGACUGUGGAGAUGGUGCGUAAACAACUGCUGCAGCAGUGGAGGAGCAGCCUGGUGGACAUGAGGAGAAGAAACGACGGCCUCACUGCCAUGAGGGAGGCGUUACGCCUGACUGAACAUCAGCUGAUUCUCCUGGACAGAGAGAUUGACGGCUACAAGAAGUCCAUCACUGAAGAACAGGAGCAAAAUGAGACCCUGACCCUGCAGCUGAACUGGUCUCAGAUGGACGCAGCCUCCUCGAAGAAACUUCUGAGUCAGAAACAGGCCCAGUAUGAGGCGCUGCAGAACCAGUACAGCACCUGUGUUCGCAUUCUGAGGGAAACGGAGGGAACCCUGGCCCGGCUCACCAAGGAGACCACCGCUCACCAGACUGAGGUCAACAAUCAGAGGAGGCAGCUGGAGAAGGAGAGCGCACUGCGUCUGGAGUUGGAGGAGAAGAUCAUGGUACACAUGCAGCAGCAGCUCACGUUCACCAAGGCUGCCAAGUACUCACAACAACUGACCAGUCGGACCAGGGCCCUGAAGAAACAGAAGAUGUCUCAGUUGUGGCAGUUGGAGAAUGACCUGUUGGUGGUGGAACUGGAGAUCACUGAGGUCAGCGAGCAGCUGGAUGCCCUGACCGUUGCUCAGAAAGCCAUGGACGAGGAGAUCGCCAAGUUCAACCAGUCGCUGACGUCCAACCUGGCUAAGAAUUCCUCCUUCAUUAAAGUCAUCGAGCAGAAGCAGAGCAGCAUCACCGACAUCAACAGAAAGAUCGCUCAGAUCGCAGCCAGCACCGGGCAUGAAGACCUGAGUCCUCUCCAAAUCAAGUUGGAGGCUCUGAAGAUGGAGACAGAGGAGCUGCAGGAGAACAUGAGGAGGGAACAGCAGCUGUGGAUGAAGCAGCAGGGGAUUCUGGUCGGACUCACACAGGAGAACGACGCCAACAGCAAGAACAUGGUGAAGCUGCAGAUGGAGUUCACUGCCAUGCAGCAGAAGAAAAUACGUCUGGAGAAACAACUAGAGUCUGAGCAGCAGGAGCUGACAGAUCUGGAGCGGAACAUGAAGACACUGAGGAGAGACCUGCUGAAGCUCAACACUCUGCUGAGCAACAACAGACAGCUGAGCCAGGCUCUGGAGCAGGAGAACGUGCUGAUGGAGACGGACUUCAUCCACACUCUCAAGGAGGAGCAGCAGGAGUCAGUGGAGAUGCAGAUGAAAGUGGAGAAGACGGAAGAAGAAAAGGAACGACUUCUCUACAGUCUGGUGGAGGCGGAGCGGCAGGUGAUGCUGUGGGAGAAAAAGAUCCAACUUGUCAAAGAGACUCGAUCAGCUGUGGAUUUCGAUGUUGGUCAGGGAGAAAUCCACAGGAUGAAGGCUGAGAUACACCGCAUGGAGGUGCGUCUGAACCAGUUGAAGAAGCAGCAGGAGCAGCUGGUGAGGGAAAGUGAGGCAACAGUGGCCAGGAGAGAAACUCUGGUUCUCCGCAGGGAGGUCAUGGACCACAGCUCCCACAAACAGACCUCCAAGGGCGACCUGAGCCGCCACACACUGGGCUUGCAGCGCAAGAUCAAGGACACACACAAGAACGUGGCCGAGUGUGAACAGGGAAUCAAGGAGCUCCAGGAGAACCAGCAGGUUCUGAGUCAAAGGCUGGCAGAUCAGAAGCAGCAGCUGGUGGAAGUGUGUAGCAGCAGCAGCAGUCUGGACCAGGAGUACAGGACUCUGCAGGACACUAAAGACCAGAACAUAUCUCACCUGGUGGCGCUGCAGAGUCGGGUCAAAAGGUUGCAGGCCGUUCAUGAUGGCAGCUACCAGGCCCUGUCGACCAGGGAGUCCGUAGAAGCUUCUGUUCAAUGCCAAAGAGAACAGAUGCAGGCCACCAAAACCAUCCUCCACCGGGUGGGUCAGGAGUUCCCUCAUCACCAGGGGGCGCUCCGCAGGCUGUCAUUAGCUUUGGCUGCACAAACUCAGACUCUGGAUCAGGAAAUGUGGCCUGAGAGUCAGUGAAGAAGAAGACGUUGCAGUGAGUAUAGAAGAAGUUAGGGAAUUACCCACAAAUCAACUCUCCAGAAAUAUACGCAUACGUCAACAUACGACAUUUUGAAGCGGGCGUGUCCACAUCGGAGGACUGGCCUCAUUAACGCAGCAGAUCCAACCACAGCUGACAACAACACUGACUGUGAGGUGGAACAGAAUGCAGAAGAACUAGCUCCUGUGGCUGUGACUCUGAGGCUCGUCCUAAUCUGUGUGAGGACUUUCCACAUCAGCCCUGAGGCACAGGAUGUCCACGGUCAGGUGUGGCACAACAAACAAAGACACACUUGUCUCAGUUUAAUAUCUGAACCCUGAAAUGAACAUAACACUGAAGGGGUCUGAUGUCCAGGAAGCGUGGAGAUGAUCUCUAGAGCCUUAUGUAAUGUAUGAUUCCAUGCUGAAAUUGAAGUCAUGUCAAAGUAAAAGCCCCACAUUUUUACUCUUCACCUGGGAAAGUUUCACUGUAAAUCACCAUGUCAUGUUGCAGCCUGCAGCCAAAGACAAACAGAAAAUAUAUAUAUACAUAUAUUUGAAUCUGGUAAAUAAUUCUCUUUUUGAGUUUUGUACAGUAGUAAGCCACAUGAAUCAUUUUAAAGGAAAAAAAAAGUUGCAGUAAGUGUUCCCUAUGUUAUAGACAAAGACUAGUGCUGGUACUGUACCAUCCUGAACUGUAUGACCUUCAUGGCAGCACCGUGGUGCAGCCCAGUUCUGAAGCCAACCUAACGUGUGAAUAAACCUGGGUUUGGAAUUUUA